AUGUUCAUCGCUAGUAUUCUAGUCUGGGCACACAACAGCGCGGAAGCCGGUCUAGCUAUCCGCAGCUCGUUCACGCUACUUGUGCUUGAUUCAAUUAAUCGUGCAGAUAUCACCCGCAUGUCCGAGCCAUCACUGGAGCAUGCAUCGCAGUUGUCGCCCGCUGCCACAUCAGAACCGACCCUUUGUGUUACACGAGAAGCAUCGGGUGUAAUGGAAGCGGGUCGCGCGGCUCCUACUGGUCAAAAAAGGAUGGUCGCCUUGCAGGUCAACGAUCAACCCAAGCACGCCUUCUGCAACCUUGACGCGAAUCGUACUGCCCCCGCAUGCUACACUCCCCUCGACCUGUGGUCUACGUGCAACGGAUGUUGA